GGAAACGCACACUCCACUAUUGUCUCAUCAGCACAAAGUUCUGCCACACUGCGGGGACAGUCUGGAGGCUUGCAGUGACUCAGACACAGCCAAUUCCUCCCCUAAUAGCACUGAAUCACGAUUCCAGCGGCCAGUGGUCGCCCCUCGUCAAGGUCUAAGGCUGCGGCAGCCCCGGCUCCCGGAGGCCGUUUCCGCGCGCACACGCGCAUCCAUACGUACAGACGUGCUCGGGAUGCGGGUCCCGCCGGCGGGCACCUGGGCACUGCGCCCCAGCUGGACUGAAAUGGGGACACCCCUUCGGGGGUCCCAGCUGCGUGCUCCUGGCCAUAUUGUUCUCCUUCUCCUCGUGAUAACUCCGCAGUGGAGGUGGAUUCCGUCCAAGACGCCCAACGUGGCUCCGCGCAGCAGUCAGCGCUGCAAUCCUGGCGGUUACCUCCGCGGCGGCGUCUCCCUUUGCGCCUCACACUCGCAGCCCGCGGCCCUCCCCAACUUAGGGCGUUUACAAAAGAAACUACUCCAGACGCGCUGCAAAGGGAGGGAAUGCUGGAGCUCAGCCGCGGGGCCAUUCUGCAUGUGUGAUGUUUUGGGGGGCGGUCAGGGAGACCGGUUUGGGGGGCAGACAGGGAGAACCUCUGCGAUGAAGGAUCCGCGAGUCCUAAAAUGUAAGCUCCGUGUGACUGACGAGCUGCACUGAUUUGGAGAGCGGGCGUGUUAAAGGUCACGGACAAUUGUUGCUGGUUUCAGCAUGAAUGCCUAAGUGGGAUGUAUUCUUCAACAGUCACAUUUAAGUCUGAUUCACCGAAAAGUAUUGACGUGCCCACCAUUCAUUUCAGUACACUGUGAAAAUGCACAAAGAAAGUAUCCCCAAAUUCAAUUAAUGACAAAGCUAUAAAUGGCUUGUAUACACAUAUUAUUACAUACAUGUAGGUAGUAACAAAGAUUAAAAAUUGAAGACUUGACACUUUAAUAGCUUUUUGGUAGGAUUUUGGAAUGAAUAUAAGUCAGUGCUAUAGACCUACAUUUGCAUUCUUGGGUCUAUUUAAAAGUACAAUCUUGCACUAAUAAUUUCCAUGUGUUGAAAAGGGACAAGGUAGAUCAUUGAAUGGUGAUCAAGACUUCCAAACCCCUCCACAUAAAACUGUAAAAUGUUCAUGACUUGCUUCCUUUUUGUAGCCGGUUUAGGGCCCUGUCUUAAGUCACCCACGUGUGAUUUCACUCAGGGCAUUGUCUACAAUAAUAUUGUGCUUUUAAACGAUUUCCUUUCUUACACAUUUAUCUACAACGCAUGUGAAAUCUGAGAGCGUACUUUGAUGGAUGAGCAAGAGUUAAG